UUCAAGCUAGGCGUUCGAUAUAUCAUAUAUGCACCAAGUGACAAAGCCCUAAAGCUCAUCUUUAACGAUUGAGGAGGCUUUCCCUCCGUCGGCCUCUCCCGGGCUUAUUUGCUCUAUUCCUGCGUCAUGAGGACUGAAGCUGCCAACAGUGGUUUAAUCACUUAUCGCCAUGCCGUAUAUAAUGCCAGAUUAAGGAGAAACCAGCACAUACGACGGCUGACUUUGAUCCCGCGCGGCCCCAGAGUACCGUACCGAGGAAUAUCCUGCCGAGCCAUAGUUGGAUUAGAGACAUUAGUGGAGGCUUGCAAGUAAAGGAGAGAUCUUCAAGAGAAGAGUAGCGAGAGUAGCGAGAGGCGCUGCUUUUAGUAGAUGCACCAUGCACCUUAGUUGAGCAAUCUCUGAUUCAAAAUCUUAAAAAAAUCUUUAUGAUAGGCUGCAGUACGUAAAUAUCACCAAUCUAAGCGUAGGGCUGGGUGCAGAUUGCCUGCCCUUGGCGCAACAGUAACGUUAUCUUGUCUGCGUGCAAAACCAACCCGGCAGCUAGAGAUAGAAAUCAACACCACUUCCCCUCAACAACUGAGUAGCCAGCUGUCUCCCAUUCAACUACUACUACAGCGACAAAAAGCCAGGCAUAAGUGGCACACGAUUAAACAUGAACUCGGACCCAUUCACUCCCAAAGAUGGCUACGGACAAGUGAUCUUUGCUGGAUACUUCCCCGAAUUUCCCAGAAUCAUCCGCCUCGAUGAGCACAGAGUACUGAAAUCCGCAACUCACUGACAGCUCUGAAACUGAAGCUAUGGAAUUCAUCGCUACCAACACCACAAUCCCAGUCCCAAAAGUCUACGAGACUAGAUGGUCCGGCAACAGAACCAGGCUUUCUCAAAUAGUCAUGGAAUAUAUACCUGGGGAAUCACUUGAUACAGCAUGGGGGAAGCUCACGCACGACCAGAGAAUGUCUGUCUGCCACCAACUCCGCGGCUAUCUCUCCCAGCUCCAAAACCUAACAAGCAAGACAAAACGCAUUGAGGCCGCGAAUGGUGGGCCAAUAACCGCUGGGCUUCGAUUUCCUCGUCGGGGUGCCCCUUUGACUCUAAGAAAGAGCUUAAUGACUUCCUUGUUGAGAAAAAUGGUAAUGAAUAUCUGUCCGUCUUCAGGCGCUACGCGAGAGCCGCGAUGUCAGAUGACCAUGAAAUCCAUUUUGCGCACGGCGAUUUCUCGCCGCGCAAUAUCAUGGUUGAAAAUGGUAUGGUCAAGGCGGUUUUGGACUGAGAUAGAGCAGGUUGGUACCCUGAGUAUUGGGACCAGAAUAGGAUGCUUACUGAAAACCCUGGGAUAAAAGAUUAUAACCCCUAUCUCAAACAUAUUAUUCCCUUCAAGUACGCACAGGAGAUUGUAACAAUGGGAUAUCUAUCGCACAUUUCAGGCGAUGGGUAGGCGAUGGAUGUGUUUUGAAUUUUCAGAUUUUUUUCGACGUCUUAUACGAAGUAUUGCCACUAGACUACAUGUAUUUAAAUGCUUUGUUUCAACAUGAAAAAUAGCCGGUUCAAGACAUGGGGAAGAGAGGGGAAGCAGUAAGAGCAGGCCGCUAUUAUGCUAACUAUAUCAAUGUGCCCCUUUUUUUUACCUCCAAACAUUUUACAGGCACACCCAUGAAACAUCAGAAAUCCGAAAUUUCAUUCCUAACAGCGCAAUGCAGCCUAGUAUUUACCACUAAUGCUAGAGAAGCUCUUUGCAUAGCCUUUUGAUCAAGGCUUGGGUACAUUCCACAGUAUUAAUUCAUCAGCUGUUGUUUCCCCAUGUAACUCCUUGCAUGGUGGUAGGGAAGUGCUGGCAUGACUCGAUAUGUCAUCAGCCUCAGCGCAAAGCGCUAUUUCACCCAUAAUUGUUUCAUCGCACGGAGACUUCCCAGCCAAACCUCAAUUAACAAGGCCAGGCUCCCAACAUCGUGUGGGGCCGUUGGAGAUCAACCUUUCAAUCCAGCAUCUUGGCUAUCUUGAGACACAUCGGCGCUCCCGAUUCCGCUCUUCCACCUGAGAUCAACAAGAAACGUUCCCCGGAAUAAGGCUGGCGCUUAUUUGGGAAACCGGUUGGAUGUUCUUUUGGACUGAUAACACUUCCUACCACUUUAUCAGUCCAUUGGAGAGCGCGAUAUCACUCUUGCUCGUUGUCUCUGCUUUCAUCUCCAUUUUUGUAACCUCCCCUGAAAUGGAAGAUAUCUUUAGACUUGGAAAUCCCUGGGCAAUCUGACCAGACUCGGAAACUAUUGGAUAUCAGUGUUCACCGUUGCUGGCCUAGAAUAAAAUAGAAAAAGACCUAGGCUCCGCUCGGUGGUAGCACCUUUCUAUUUUCCUUUUGCACAUAUCCAGAUGGGAGAAUGUAAAGAGACGCUUGUCCCUGCAUGAUGUUGUUCCAAAAACAGCCCUUGCAACCCAAGAACUCUCCGCCGUCAAGAAUUAGUCCUUUCGACUCGCUCAAUCACUACAUUCAGUCAGAACACCAUCCGCACUCCGCAAGAAAACUAUUUUCUCCGUAUCACCCACACUGUCCGUCCGUAGAAACAUCGGAAUGCCUGCUGCUUCUCCUUCUCAUCCUACUGUUACCAUUGUUACCAUCCAUGCCUAUCGCGGACCAUUGUAAUGUACACCGACGAGAAAUCCAGCUAUCACGCGUCCCUGUUUGUGAAUGAAGUCAACGAAAUACUAGGAACCCUCAUCCACGCCACAAAUUUCGACGACUCCUGGAAAGUUGAAAUGAGGCUAGGCUACAACCCCACCACACUCUCAACUUAGUCGGGAGGGUGCCAGUUUGUAGUCUACCCCUGCAUCCAGGUUUGGUUUUGGGGAUCCUUCAGCAAGUGCCCAUUGUAAAUGCCUUGGAAUGGAAUUGUCAACACUUGGGUGGGGAUGCGCUUCAGGCUAUGGUAACCCGUCGACUUAUCACUCAGCAAGUGAGGUCAGAUGUUGUCGAUCAGAUGGUGGAUUUUAUUCUUCAGGGGCCGGACGAUGCGAUUUAGAAGAGGGUGUUUAUUACUGCAAGGUUGAUAAACUAGAAUGAAUAGGUAUAUAUAUUAAGUAGGUAUACCUAUUGAAGGAGCAAAUCCUGUUGAAGGCCUAUAUAUGUUGAAGAAACGUAUUUAUUGAAGGAAGUUCUCUCAUGGUUUGCUCCUGUGCUUUGAUUUGCUUGGUGCACAAUCUCGUCUUUCUUCCCCCUUUGUCUAUUUUCUCCUUUUUGGCUUUUUUGUUUGAUCUUACUACGAAUUCAUUACUAUGGAACCGACAUCCAUGUAGUUAUAUAUUCAAGGCAUCUCUCCUUCUAAGAAAUAACUAAGAAAUAACUACGAUGUUAAAAUCGAUUCAACUCAUAAGGCAUGCACCUCACCACUUACAAUAUCUAUAUAUAAUUAAGAACAUUUGACCCCCUUCUGAAAAAUAGAUAUUAGUCAGAACUUUCAAUGGAAGGGCUCAUUCGUUUGUGAUAACAUGGUCACUAUGUCAAUAAGCUAUAUCUACUACUCAAAUCACGAGAGCCCUUCUAUAACGUCUCCUCUACUUCCCUAACCACCUUACGCACCCCAUCAACCUCAUGCGCAAACCUCCCCAAAAACAUCCCAUCAACAACCUUCC